AUGGCAGCCGUCUCUCGGCCAUGUCCUGGUAGUCUACUCGCUGCCCCGGCGUCUUUGCCUGGUAGCGACCUCAGCAUCGAUCCUAGUCUUCUUCUCUUUGAGGACGUUUCUCCCUUUUUGGAAUUUCUCCCAUCCGAGUACAACGGGUUUGAUGAUGUGACGUGGGAUUUUGGGAACAUCAACAAUAGCACCACCACCACCACCAACAACAACAACAACGAGAAUAUCGUUCAGAACUUUAGUGGUGAUGGGUUAUUCGACAAUAUUAUGAUCCCGGACUUGAACGUUUUGGAUACGCAGUCGUCGCUCGAUGUGGCUGGAGAUGGCUUCCUCACUCAGGAGCAGCCUCUCGUCAAUGUCAAGUCUACCACACCCAUUGAGCAACGGUCUUCAACUUCAACAUCCAGCACUCCUCAUCCCCCACUACCAACAAUCACAAACAAAUCCCCAACAUCGACAUCCUCCAUCCCAGGAACAUCCACCUUUUCUCUGCACCCCUCCCCCUCAUCAUCAUCGUCGUCAUCCCGCAAACGUAAAUCCUCUCCCGAAGAAGAGGAUUCAGCCGUCACCCUCAAGCGCCAGCGCAACACUCUUGCCGCGCGCAAGUACCGCCAGAAGCGCCUCGACCGUAUCUCCGAGCUUGAGGAGGCAUUGGCUGCCAUGACGAAUGAACGCGAUGAUAUGAGACUUCAACUUGCGAGGAGGGAGGCUGAGGUUGAUGCUCUCCGGGAAAUGCUUGGGAAGAAAUAA